AUGUUGAUUGAUAUGGAAGUUGAAAAACAAAUUCAAAAUGAAAAGCAGAAAUGGCGUGAAGUGCUGAAACGAAUUCUGGCUUGCAUAAAAUUUCUAGCUAGCCAAAAUUUGGCUUUACGUGGUCACUGUGAAAGUGUUGCUGAAGAUGAUACCGAAUGUUACAAUAUAGGAAAUUUCCUGGCCACAAUGAAGCUAAUUGCUCAGUUUGAUCUAUUAUUAUCAAGUCAUCUACAGCAUUCUAAAAAUGUUCCGGGUUCAGUUUCAUAUCUGUCACCAAGAAUUCAAAAUGAAUUUAUCAGUCUUCUUGCAUCUACUGUCAGAAAGCAGAUACUCUGUGAUAUUCGACGAAACAAAUAUUAUGGACUAAUGCUAGAUUCAACACCUGAUCUAGCACACCGGGAACAGUUAUCAGAAGUUAUUAGGUUUGUUGAUGUUAAUUUCAAAACAAAAAAUGUGACCAUCAAAGAAUCUUUUCUUGGUUUUAUUCAGCUUCAUGCGAAAGAUGCAGCAACACUACAAAAUGUUAUUGUUGAACAGUUGCAAGCAGACAACCUUCCUAUAGCUGACUGUCGAUCUCAGUGUUAUGAUAACGCAGCUGUAAUGGCAGGAGAACUGUCCGGACUCCAACAAGGAAUUGCCAUUCGAAAUCCUCAAGCAUCGUUUGUUAAUUGUAACAACCAUAGCUUGAAUUUAGCUGGAUUACAUGCUGCAAAACAGGAUCAAGUUGUUGUUACAUUUUUUUGGUACAGUUGA